UGCCAGCCCAGUCCAAGCAGUCGCUUUUACAUCUCAGAUCCGCCGCCGCGCAGGGAGCACACAGAGACGCGUCUGCCAAGUCCUGUCCACCCCACUUGGUGACGUGCUGAGCGGUGCACACACACACUCAGACAGACAGGCUACUUACCGACCAGCACACUGCCGCGGCCGGUGCACAGUGCGGUUCCCUUUGCUGUAAAAUGCAACAGCAGUCUUUGCGGGAUAAAGACAGCAUUCAGACAUAAGCAGCGUCGUAGCGAAACAAGGACAAACGCCGGGGGACAGGAGCAGCGAGCGACCGGGGAGGUGUAGACGGCAAUACUCAAAAGAUCUAAUUUGUCUGUGAUGAGCAUCCCCAUCCACCAGAGACCAAAGGUACGGCCUGCCCCGUUAUUCCCUCUGAGAGGAAGAGGAAGUGAUGUCACGCCACCACCACCGCUUUGAGAGGGACUACCGGGGACCCUGGGAGCGGAGAGACAUCCGCCCUUCUGGCCUCCACAAUGGAGGAGCCAAUCAUAGCUGUGCCUCUGCCGUCGUCAAUGGCAACAACCGCCCGGGGCUCCUUCCCCUCCCAGUCAUCCCCUCCCUCCUCCCCACCCCGGUUACAGUUGCCGUGACAACGUCGAGUAGCGACAUAGCGGUCAAGCGAGGCAUCACGGCAGCAGGAUCAGUGGCUUCCGCAUCUGCCAAGGUCUCCGGUCUGUCUCCUGGAGACAGCCAGACCCCAGGACUGCUGCUGGCUCCAGGGGUGAGGUGGGGACAGACGCCCAUCAACCAGCUCACACCCUGGGAUACAGAUGAGCCCCCUGCCAAGCAACAUCGAGACAGCGAGCCCACCGGUCCUUCCUGGGCUGCACCAGUAGCAGCGGUGAGCCAGCCCAGCCUCCUGCCCCACACCUACGCCCUCCCCCAGCCGCCCUCCUUCAGCCACAGUGUGACUGCGCAGUCACCCAUCAUAGGAGUAACCCCAUCCAUCCAGGCACCAGUACCCCCGCAGCACCCCCUAAUGACGGCCCACUUCCAGCUGACGCCACAGUCGACCCAGCAGCCGCCCUCCAUGGUGCUGAGCAUGCCCAGCCAGCCUCCGUACCAAUCGGCUCAGCCCACGGUCGCGCCGUCCGCCCUCGCCGCCCAAGCCAACCAGGUGGUCCAUUCAAACCCUCACAGUGUGAUGGGCAACGGCCACUUAACCUCUCACCACGGCCUCAUCCAGCACCCUGCCUUGCCACUGACCAAUGGACAGGCGGCUGCAGUGGCGCAGGCCCAUCCCACAGCCGGAGACAAUCAGGAUGGUCCGAACGGGCUGCAAAUGCUGCGGACAGUUGGGAUGGGGAAGUACGAGUUCAGUGACCCAGGACAUCCUAAAGAGAUGUUGAAGGAGCUGAACCAGCAGCGCAGAGCGAAAGAGUUUACAGACCUGAAAAUAAUUGUUGAAGGCAAAGAGUUUGAAGUCCACCAAAAUGUUCUAGCUUCCUGCAGCUUGUAUUUCAAGGACCUGGUGAAAAGGUCAUCGGGGGAGACUAGGAGCCGCGAGACGCUGGAGCUGAACAUGAGCAACAUCAGCGCCGACGUGCUGGAGCUGCUGCUCGAGUUCGUCUACACGGGAUCGCUGGUCAUCGACUCUGCCAACGCCAAGACGCUGCUGGAGGCUGCCAACAAGUUCCAGUUCAACACCUUCUGUAAAGUCUGUGUCUCCUUCCUAGAGAAACAGUUGACUGCAGCUAACUGUCUGGGAGUGCUGGCUAUGGCUGAAGCCAUGACUUGCACGGAGCUCCAUAACAUGGCCAAAGCUUUUGCACUGCAGAACUUCCCAGAGGUGGCAGGACAGGAAGAGAUUCUGAGUGUGUCCAAGGAGGAUCUGGUGGCCUACCUGUCCAACGACAGUCUCAACACCAAGGCCGAAGAGCUGGUCUAUGAGACGGUCAUCAGGUGGAUCAAACAAGACCCCAACUCCAGGGUGCAGACUUUGUCAGAUCUGUUGGCGGUGGUGCGUCUUCCUUUCAUCCACCCGUCCUACCUGCUGAACGUGGUGGAUAACGAGGAGCUGAUCAAAUCGUCGGAGGCGUGUCGUGAUCUGGUCAACGAGGCCAAGCGCUAUCACAUGCUGCCCCAUGCGCGGCAAGAGAUGCAGACGCCCAGGACUCGGCCUCGGCUCUCUGCGGGUGUAGCGGAGGUGAUAGUUCUGGUGGGAGGGCGUCAGGCGAUCGGGAUGAACCAGCGCUCCCUGACAGCCGUCACCUGUUUUAACCCCCAGAGCAGUAAGUGGUACCCGCUGGCCAGCCUGCCGUUCUACGACCGCGAGUUCUUCAGUGUCAUCUCGGCGGGAGACAACAUCUACCUGUCAGGGGGCACAGAGUCUGGUGUGAUGCUGGCUGAUGUAUGGUGCUACAUGUCCCUGCUGGACAACUGGAAUCUGGUGUCCCGGAUGACCGUGGCCCGCUGCAGACACAACAGCCUGGUAUACGACGGCAAACUCUACGCCAUCGGAGGACUGGGCGUAUCAGGGAACCUGGACCACGUGGAGAGGUACGACACCAUCACCAACCAGUGGGAGACGGUUUCUCCUCUUCCUAAGCCGGUCCAUUCGGCGGCAGCCACGGUGUGCGGGGGGAAGGUCUUCGUGUUCGGAGGUGUGAACGAGGCCGGGCGCUCGGCGGGGGUCCUCCAGUCCUAUGUACCGCAGAGCGACACCUGGAGCUUCAUCGAAUCACCCAUGAUAGAUAACAAAUACGCCCCUGCAGUGAGUCUAAACGGUUUUAUAUUCAUCCUGGGAGGAGCCUACGCUCGAGCCACCACUAUCUAUGACCCAGACAAAGGCAACAUCAAGGCUGGUCCCAACAUGAAUCACUCUCGGCAGUUCUGCAGCGCUGUGAUCCUGGACGGGAAGAUCUACGCCACAGGAGGCAUCGUGAGCAGCGAGGGUCCGGCCCUCGGCAACAUGGAGACCUUCGACCCUUGCAGCAACAGUUGGACGCUCCUGCAGUCGCUGCCCUGCCCGCUCUUCAGACACGGCUGCGUGGUCAUCAAGAAGUACAUUCAGAGCGGCUGAGGGCGUCCCGGGGGACCCCGUCACACUGGGUCGACGGCAAACAGCAGCUGAGCGCUGGUUGUGGGACGAUGUGCGACGGCAGCUCGGGACCGGUCGGUGAACAACCUCUGGACUUGACGCCAGCAUCCAUCCACUCUGUUUCUUGUCCCAGCACAC